AUGGCCAAUUUACGAUAUCCUUAUUGUUUCGGAGUUGUUCCCUACUUAUUCACCAGUAACUUGAAUAACAUAUCAGUUCCAGAAUAUGAUGAACCAGUGGUGACGGUUUUGGAUUAUGGUAAAUCAAUUUUUAAUAAUCCCGUAUCUAAAGGACUUCAUUAUAUAAGGAGUCUAUUCCCAAUUUGUAAUUGGAUUUUACAUUAUAAUUAUAAAUGGUUAUAUGGUGAUUUAGUUGCAGGUAUUACUGUUGGGGUUGUCUUGGUUCCUCAAUCAAUGUCUUAUGCUCAACUUGCCGGUUUGGAAGCUCAAUAUGGUUUGUAUUCUUCAUUUGUCGGGGUUUUCAUUUACUCCUUUUUUGCCACUUCAAAAGAUGUUUCUAUUGGUCCAGUGGCGGUCAUGUCUGCUCAAGUUGGUAAAGUUAUUGCUAAAGUUCAAUCAGAAUUUGGUAAUGAAUUUUCUGCUCCUGAAAUUGCAACCUUCCUUUCUUUAAUCUGUGGGGGGAUCGCUGCUGGUUUAGGUAUCUUAAGAUUAGGUUUUAUUUUGGAAUUUAUUUCAAUUCCUGCCGUUAUGGGGUUUAUGUCUGGUUCUGCCUUUAAUAUUAUUGUAGGUCAAGUUCCUGCUUUAAUGGGUUAUAAUUCUGCAGUUAAUACCAGAGCUGCUUCUUACAAAGUUGUUAUUGAAACUUUGAAAAACUUAAAAUUAACUAACGUCAAUGCUGCUUUUGGUUUAGUUCCUCUUUUCAUCUUAUACCUUUGGAAAUUUUUAGCUGAAUUUGCUCAAAAAAGAUGGCCCCGUUAUAAAUUAUGGUUUUUCUAUUUUCAACAAUUGAGAAAUGCAAUUGUCAUCAUUGUGGCCACUGCUAUUUCUUGGGGUAUUGUUCAUCCAGAAGUUAAAAGAUACCAUGGUGAUCUUGCCGACUUUAAAAGUACUAUUAAAACCAUUGGUGAAGUCCCUAGUGGAUUAAGACAUGUUGGUGUAAUGCACAUUCCAAAUGGUAUCAUUGAUGCUAUUGCUAGUGAAUUACCCGUUUCUGUCAUUAUUUUAUUAUUAGAACAUAUUGCUAUUUCAAAAUCUUUUGGUAGAGUUAAUGAUUAUAAAGUUAAUCCUGAUCAAGAAGUUAUUGCUAUUGGUGUUAAUAACUUAAUUGGUACUUUUUUCAAUGCUUAUCCUGCCACUGGUUCUUUUUCAAGAUCAGCUUUAAAAGCUAAGUGUGGUGUAAGAACUCCUUUUGCUGGUAUUUUCACUGGUGCCGUUGUAUUAUUAGCUUUGUAUUGCUUAACCCAAACUUUUUUUUAUAUUCCAAAAGCUACUUUAAGUGCAGUUAUUAUUCAUGCUGUUUCUGAUUUAAUUGCUAAUUAUAAAGUUAGUUGGAAUUUUUGGAAUAUUAGUCCUCUUGAUUGUGGUAUCUUUUUAAUUGCUGUUAUCAUUACUGUUUUUUCUUCAAUUGAAAACGGGGUUUAUUUUGCAAUUUGUGCUUCUGCUGCUGUCUUAUUAUUCAGAAUUGCUAAACCAAAAGGUCAUUUCUUAGGUAAAGUCCAAGUUGCAGAAGUUAUCAAUCCAGUUAUCAAUUAUUCCGAUGAUUCUUCUUCUAGAGAUUCAUCAAAUAAUUCUGAUAUUGAAAUUCAUCAAGUUUUAAGUAAUGGUAAUGAUUAUCGUUCAACUGAUUCAAAUAAAAUUAAAGUUAAAGAUGCUCUUAAUAAUUUAACACCAACGAAAAAUAAUUUAACCGAACAUAAUCCACAUAUUAGAUUCCAUACCAGAUGGGUUCCUUUGAAUCAUGACAAUAUUAAUCUGGACUUAAAUGUUUUACCACCUCCUCCUGGUGUGAUUGUUUUCAAACCAAUCGAAACUUUUAGUUAUCCAAAUUCUUCAAGACAAGUUGAAAAAGUUUCAGAUGAAGUUAAACGCUUGACAAGAAGAGGUAAACCAUAUAAUUUCACUGAUACCGGGUCAAGACCUUGGAAUGAUCCGGGUCCUUUGAGAUGGGAUUGGUUUGGUUUGAAAAAAUCUAAUAACGAAGUCGUGGAAGAAAAAGAUGAAAGACCAAUCUUAAGAAUUGUUCAUUUUGAUUUUUCUUCUGUUGCUUCUACUGAUGUAACUUCAAUUCAAGCCUUGGUUGAUUUAAGAAAAGCUCUUAAUAUCUAUGCUGACCGUGAAGUUGAAUUCCAUUUUAGUGGUAUUUUAUCUCCAUGGAUCAGAAGAGCUUUGAUUAAUGCUGGCUUUGGUGUUUACGCAGAAGAUGAUUUGGUUAGUGAUAAGACUUAUGUCAAUAUCGCUGCUGCUACUGGUGACUUAGAGGCCGGUGAUGAUCGCUACUUUGCAGCUGUUGGUACUAAUACCCCCUUUUUACAUUUGGAUAUCCCGGAUUAUAUUUAA